ACACAACUGUUAAAGAACGAUGUAAGAACUGUGGAAAUACCAUACAGAAGGAUCAAAUGUUUUGUGACAAGUGUGGUAAUAAGCUUGGAUCUGUUUGCAUUGGUGAAAUAAAUGGAAAACCAUGCUCAAAGUUUAUCAGUGUUGAAACCAAUUUCUGUGCACACUGCGGGACAGCAAACUUUGAAAAAAAAUCAGAGAAAAAAAGAGCUCCGCUGAAUAAAAGUUGCAAGAGCUGUGGACACGACAUACACAAACAUCAGAAGUUUUGCAAUAACUGUGGGUAUAAGAUUGGAGCGCCGUGCAUUGGGAAAAUAAAAGGAAAUCCAUGCUCUGCAUUUCUAAAUGUUGAAAUUAAAUUUUGCGAAAACUGUGGUAGUGAAAACCCUGAUUAUAUAGCAGUGCAAUGUGGAGAGCCAGAUAAUUCUUUCCCACCAAAUGAAGCAGUAAUGACAUUAACGUCAAUGGGAUUUACUAGGGAACAAGCAAUAGAAGCUUUGGAAAAUACUGAACAUAAUGUAGAAAAAGCUAUACAUAGGAUUCUCGGUAUCCCUGUUUAUGAAAACAGAAGGACAAGAAGAAGGGAAUUUAAGCUGUCAACAAGUAUGUAUAUGUAA